AUGAGCUUCGUAGAUUUGGAGAAUUCAACAACGGUUUCUCAAGAUCCAGAUGCCGUGGAAGAACCCAAGGUGUCUGAAAAAGCAGACUCUUACGAAGUGACGCUUGAGGAAAAUGACCCGGAAAACGUAUUAACACAGAUGUCACUGCCACGGAAGUGGUUCGUGGCUUUGCUGGUGACUUUCACCGCAGCAGACAUCACCAUGACGUCCAGUUGCUGGUCUUUGGCCCAGGCCGAUAUUCGGCGCAGAUUCAACAUGUCCGAAGAAGUGUCAGUGCUGGGGUUGUCACUGUAUCUGCUGGGAAUGGGAUGCGGUCCGCUACUUUUGAGUCCUCUCAGCGAGCUCUACGGCCGGAAACCUACCUUUAUCGGUUCUCUGAGCAUCAGCAUGUGUUUUUUGUUCCUCACAACCUGGGGACGCAACAUCCCAGCGUUACUCAUUGGACGUUUUCUGUCUGGGUUUUUUGGCAGCUCUUUUCUAAGCGUUGCAGGAGGUGUGAUUAGCGACAUUUUUUCAAAACAGCAAAUCGGUGUGCCCAUGACCAUCUACACCACAGCCACGUUCUUGGGGCCAGCAUUGGGGCCUUUGAUUAGCGGUGCGCUUUCUCAUGUCUCCUACAGAUGGACUUUUGUCGUUAUGAUUAUUGAGUCUGGCGUCUACGUGGUUUUACUCCUGUUCACCUUCAAAGAAACCUACACACCAGUGCUGCUAGUGACCAAAGCUCGUCGAUUGCGCAAGGAAACAGGUGACGAUCGUUAUUUUGCGCCGCUUGAGGUGAUCCGUCGCGAGUUUUCCCUCUUGCAGGCCAUUGGGUUAUCCGUGGGACGGCCAUUUGGCUUGCUCACCCGCGAUCCGAUGAUGGGUGUACUUUGUUUUUAUACAGGACUCAUCCUGGCCAUCGUAUACAUGUUUUUCGUGGCAUUUCCCUACGUUUUCACAAAGCUAUACCACUUCACUGAUGUCGAAGUUGGUGUGACCUACAUGGGCCUGUUGGUGGGUAUAUUACUGGUAGCGCCCACGAGUGUGAUUUUCCAAAAGAGGUACGAACGCAAAGUCGAGAGAAACAAUGGCGAACGUAUUCCCGAGUUUAGGUUCGAGGCUUUGUUUUACGGAGCUUUUUUGGCACCCAUGGGACUAAUGAUCUUUGCUUGGACCAGUUACAGCCAUGUGCAUUGGAUCGCGCCCAUCAUUGGCACCAGCGUGUUUGGAGCUGGCGUUUUCUUCAUCUUCACAGGAAUCUUUGGAUAUACCGUGGAUGCUUUCCGCUUAUACACAGCAUCUGCCAUGGCCUGUAACUCGUUCGUGAGAUCGAUGAUGGGCGGUACCUUCCCAUUGUUCACUCUGCAAAUGUAUCGUCGUAUGGGCAUAAACUGGGCAAGUUUUCUCCUGGCUAUGAUAUCACUGGCGAUGGUUCCCGUACCAUUCCUGUUUACGAAAUAUGGUGCGUAUUUGAGGUCGAAGAGUCCUUAUGCAUGGGAUUAG